GGGAUUCUUGAUUCUGGCUGCUUUGUGCUCAGUUAGAAAUGGAGGUUCCAUUACUGUAGAACAGUGCGUCUGUGUAAUAAAGAAUUUGACCUUGCCCAAGAAGAGGUCCAUCCUUUGCCUUCAGCUUCUGACCAAGUCUUGCUCUGCUGACCAGGCUGGAGUGCAGUGGCAUGGUCUCGGCUCACUGCAACCUCCGCCUCCCGGGUUCAAGCAAUUUUCCUGCCUCAGCCUCCCAAGCAGCUGGAACUACAGUGUCUACCGAGAUUGACUUUUUACCACUUGAAAAUGAUGGGUGAGUCUAGCGGAAAGGGAUCCACUUCUUGAAUUCGAAUAGACUAGACUGAUUUUCAAGUCCCUAAUGAAUUGUUCUAAAAUCGCUGAGUUUUGAGUUGCCAGGAAAACAUUGAAGAAAGAGACCAAAGCCCUGAGGGCAGAGAGGAGCUGCAAACCAAGACCUGAAUAUUUGAAAAUUCUGCAGCACCAUCACUGCUGGCCUGUAAAACAUUUUGUAUUCUUAAGAGGGAGGCAUUCGUGAUACUAAUUCUUUUCACAGAUAGUUUCUGAUGUUAUCCCAAAAGCAAUGCACUUUAAAAAAUAAUGAUCAGAAUCAAAGAAUUUAAACAAAAAGCAAAGAAUUUAAACAAAAAGCACUUUUCACCGCAUUAUUUAAUUAAAUCAUUUGCCAGAAUGAAAUUUGACCUUCUGCUUAUUGGCAAAAUCCUCAUUUAUAACAUUUACAAGAGAUUUUAACUCAAACGAAGUAUGUUAACAGUGCACUGCCUUGCCCUGCAGUAACGCCCCCCACCCCCACAAACUGUAUCUGGGGUCAGCUGUUGCUGGCAAUAAAAAUAAUAGGCAGAUUCACUUCAGCUUUCAGUCUUUCAUUUGCAACCAAUCUCCAAGCCCCAGAGCCUGGGGGCCGUGUCUUUCCACUCUUCAGCGCGAGGCGCACGAAUCUGAAUAUUUAACACCCGGUUCCAAGACACGCGCCUGGGGAACACCCACAAUCCCUCGCGGCCCGCGGAGCCCGGCUGGCGGGUGACCCAGCGCCGCGGCUCCGAGAGGAGCGAGGUCACCCGGCGCUUCCCGAGACCUUGGCCCUAGGCCCAGCUGGCGCUGGGACGCGAGGCAACCAGGCCGCCGGCCAAUCAGCGCUUUGCAGGACUAGCACGCAGGGGCCGCACCCGAGGGUGACCGGAACCGUUCCCGCGGGAAGGGCAGGGAGCGGCGCCUGGCCGCAGACAGACAAGGGGGCGCCAGCUCUUCAGAACCCUAGGGAGAAAGCGGUGGAGGGCUAGAGUUGAGGAGAUUAAGGACAUUUGAGGAGGACAGGCAUUCCCAAGUUAAAACCUCCUGAAAGACAACUCCAUUGGGCGACCCGUCUGCGCCGCACAGCCUGACGGGAGCGUCAUCCUUCCUGCGCAGGCUGCAACCGAGAGACGGGCUCGGCUCCGCCUUCAGCCGCGGGGCACGCCGGCAGAGCCGAGCGUUCCUCCCUUCCUCCGCUAACCCGGACAGCAAAGGAGCAUUUCCGGCCUAAGACUGUCCCUACGGAAGGGGUAGGGCUAGUUUGGUCCCGUCUUUCACGCCCAGAGGGGGCGGGGUGAACCGUGACAGCGCUUCCGCCCGCACUAAGGCCGGCUCCUGUGCCGGAAGGAGGAAGGCGUGGGGCGUUCGCCUUUCGGAGCUAGGGAGCGUGUGCGACGUAGCUGCGAGGUCACGUGAGCCACCGUCGGCAGAGAGGGAAAGGGGCAGGGCCCCUUGUUGCCCUGGGGUCACGCGCAGCCGGAAGUGGCGGCUGCUGCGGAGAAUUGGAGAUGGGGACCGCCCUGGACAUCAAGAUUAAAAGAGCGAAUAAAGUUUAUCACGCCGGGGUAACAAUAUGUAAACUGAGGACACGUAGCUCCCAGGAAAACGAAAGCACGGAAGCCUGGGGUCCCCACCGCGCAUUCAUCAGGCUCGGGGUGCUGGGAAUGCCCGGCGCAUGCGCAGAGGAAGUGCUCUCUGGCGUGGUGGUCAUAUCGAGUAAGGAUUCAGUCCAGCACCAAGGAGUGUCUUUGACCAUGGAAGGAACUGUAAACCUCCAGCUCAGUGCCAAAAGUGUGGGUGUGUUCGAAGCUUUUUAUAAUUCUGUUAAGCCUAUCCAGAUUAUCAACAGCAACAUAGAAAUGGUGAAGCCAGGGAAGUUUCCCAGCGGCAAAACAGAAAUCCCUUUUGAAUUUCCUCUGCACGUGAAGGGUAACAAAGUUCUGUAUGAGACGUAUCAUGGCGUGUUUGUCAACAUUCAGUAUACACUGCGCUGUGACAUGAAGCGGUCUCUGUUGGCCAAGGACUUGACAAAGACCUGUGAAUUCAUCGUUCACUCUGCUCCUCAGAAGGGGAAGUUUAGUCCCAGUCCCGUGCACUUCACGAUUACACCUGAAACCUUACAGAAUGCCAGAGAGAGAGCUUUGCUUCCCAAAUUUCUCCUUCGAGGACAUCUCAACUCAACAAACUGUGUCAUCACACAGCCGCUAACGGGAGAGCUGGUGGUGGAGAGCUCGGAAGCCGCCAUCAGAAGCGUGGAGCUGCAGCUGGUGCGCGUGGAGACGUGCGGGUGUGCAGAAGGCUAUGCCCGCGACGCCACGGAGAUUCAGAACAUUCAGAUCGCCGACGGGGAUGUGUGCAGGGGCCUCUCUGUCCCCAUCUACAUGGUCUUCCCUAGGCUGUUCACUUGCCCUACACUGGAGACCACCAACUUCAAAGUGGAAUUUGAGGUGAACAUCGUGGUGCUUCUUCACCCCGACCACCUCAUCACGGAGAACUUCCCGCUGAAGCUCUGCAGGAUAUAGCCCAGAGGAGGGAAGCACAGAAAACGGGAGUGGCCAUCUGGAAAUCCAGCUGGUUAUCCAAAUCCUAAGGGGAGCUACAGCCAGCGGCAUAUGCUUGUUUUUGUGAUUAUUCUGUAUCAGAAAUGAAACAGACCCUCAAAUUAAAUUCCCUUCCUCAUUUCUUGAGGCUUCUGCUUCCAACAGGCACCUCUAAUGAGAACUUUUCUUUGAAAUUCAACAAGAUUUCUUAAUGCUAUUUGCCAAGACCAUUUCACAGAAAACAUUGACUGUAGCUCUUGCCUUAUCUGUUCCUUUUUAGGUACAGUAAAACAAUUGUGACAGCAGUUUGAGCUUGCUGGAGAGUGGCAUCAUGGGGACAAAAGGAAACCUCUCUGACUUGCUAAUGGAUGUAGCUGGGGACUCCCCAUAGCAAAGGGUCUGUGGCCAGUUGACAUCCAGGAUGGCUGCAAGCACACUCGAUGGUCAGGAUGUUUGCAGAUACUCGCCAAGGCAGAGCGCAAAGUGCUAGCCACUGGAAAUGCCUGACUUCCCUCCACCCCUACUCUGUUCUGUAGUUUUUUGGUUUUGUUUUUGCGACGGAGUCUCACUCUGUCGCCCAGGCUGGAGUGCAGUGGCGUGAUCUCAGCUCACUGCAACCUCCACCUCCCAGGUUCAAGCGACUCUCCUGCCUCAGCCUCCCGAGUAGUUGGGAUUACAGGUGACCGCCACCGCGCCUGGCUAAUUUUUGUAUUUUUAGUAGAGACGGGGUUUCACCAUCUUGGCCAGGCUGGUCUUGAACUCCUGACCUUGUGAUCCCCCUGCCUUGGCCUCCCAAAGUGCUGGGAUUACAGGUGUGAGCCACCACACCCAGCCUCUGUAGUUCUUUUUACAACAUUUUUCAUUAUAACUUUAAAAUUUGUAAGCAACUGGAAAAGUGUUCCUUGCUCUCAUGGGGGGAUUUGGCUGGUGCUGAAGUGUUUCUGAAGUCUCAAGAAUAAAGCCAUAAAAUCUCACGCUGCCAUUUCCCUGAACAUAUACAUACAUAGAGAGAAAGAGAGACAGAGUUUUCCCAACUCUGUCGCGUAGGCUGAGCACACUGGCAGGAUCACAGCUCACGGCAGCCUCAACCUCCCUGGCUCAAGCGAUCCCUCCCCUCAGCAUCCUGAGUAGCUGAGACUACAGGUGAGUGCCACCACACUCAGCUAAUUUUUAAAUGUUUUGUAGACAGGGUCUCCCUAUGUUGCCCAGGCUGGUCUUGAACGCCUAGACUCAAGUGAUCCUCCUGUCUUGGCCUCCCAAAGUGCUGAGAUUACAGGUGGAAGCCACUGUGCCCAGCAGUUUCCCAGAAUAUAUUUAAAUGCAAAGUUACCUGAGGGGAAAACAUGUAUGUUUGCUCCUGUUGUUACUGGGUACGUUCUGAACGGCAGAGACUCGUGCAGGGCGGGCUGGUGAAGGCCCCUCUCCGCAAGGUGGUAGCAGGAAAAGGUCCUUGACUUGAUGAACUUGGUCUGCCUCUGAGCCACUGGAGGAAGCUGUUUUGAGCCAGGGUUUUUUUGGCCUAAAGCCAGCAUUUCCUCAGUCUCCCUUUGUGGUUCGAAGGAUAUGGACUAUUGCAAUACAUUUCUUCCUUCAAAUCCUGCCAGUUUUGUUGGCCCACAACUGAUAGGACCUCAAAAUAAGCCAUGCUACUUUGCACACACACUAGCCUUCUCUUGUACUUUUCAUUCUGGAUGGGCUUGGCCAAAACAGGCUCAGGCCAAAGGCCUCCCAGGCUGUAUGUACUUCCACUAUCCUGAAAGUGUUUGGUGACACAAUGCCAAGGGUAAACAAGCCUGAUUUAGGCACUGCUUUAUCCAGGGGCUUCACCCGUGAAAUUAAUAAAACUUAUCUGAGUCACUGGAAACUUGGUUCCCAGAAAAUACAUUUCUGGUUUAUAAUCUUUUAUGCUCACCUGACAUUAUUAAUUAUCCUUGAUGAUGUGUUUAAACUGAGUAGCAGAAAACAGAGGCCACACUUUCUGGGAAAUUUUAAAGGAAGAAACCAUUUUUAAUGAGAUGAAAAUAUUUAAUGAAUUUAAAAAGCUAAUGACAAUUUUGAGAAAAGGUUUGGGAUGUAUAUUGCUAUGUAAUUUAAUAAACUGAUUUUAUGGAUAUAAA